CUCCCCUCCUCCCUCGGUCGCUUGCGCGGCUCGGCGACCCUCCAUCACUGGCCAGGCCCCCCUGCCCUGAACAUCUCCAACCUUUCGGCUAGGACCAUUCGGGAAAGCAGGAGACUGAGGUGGAUGAUGAUCAUGCUGGCUAGGCUCGUGGUGGGACUCCUGGUCCUGAAGGUGGCCGCAGCCUCUCCCACCAGACACGCCCGCCAAGUGGAACUGGAUACGUACGACAGCAACAACUACGAUGUGGAUAUCAAUCUGGAGAACACGGACGUCUACGACUAUUAUGAUGGAGUCACCAUUGAUGAGCCUCAGAUAGAGAUCGGCACGCUGGCCCCGCCCGAGGAGAACGGCGCCUCUCUGGAGGAGGGAGAGGAGGUGGAGAUCCCCAUCAAGCCCCAGCUCAUCCCUGCAGGAGGCUCUGGGGGGUCCGGGCAGCUCAUGGGCCCCGACUCGCAGGGAGAGGAGGAGCUGCGCCUGGCGCCCAUUGACAUUCUUCAAAUCUCUGGGGACUUGGGAGAGUCGGGAGAGGCAUCGGGGGCGUCCGGGGACGCUGGGGGCUCCGGCACUUCUGGAGAUUUUGGUUCCGGCGUGUCCGGCGUGUCUUCGGGCGACUUUGGUUCCGGGGGUUACGGGGUUUCCUCCGGCGACUUCGGCUCGGAGCCGUCCGAGGCGUCCGGCGAGAUCGAGUACUCCGGAGUCUCCGGCGACUUUAGCGGGGAAGCCUCGGGAACCUCCGGCGCCGAAGCUUCCGGCGACCUGGGCUCCGCAGGUUCUGGAGUCUCUGGUGACCUCGGUUCCGGAGCCUCCGGCUCUGGGUCAGGUUCAGGGAUAGUGUUGGUCCCUGAUGGAGAGGAGGAGCUCCCCCUGGUUCCGGUCCUCCCCGAGGAGGCCUCAGGGGCUUCCGCGGAGGAGUCGGGGGAGCCCGAGUCUGGGGAGGAGGAGGUUAUAGUAGUCCCUACGCUAGCGGAAGAGGACGAGCUGAUCCCGACAGUCCCUACCACCCCACAGGAGGGCACAGGUGGUGCUGUGGGCUCUGGAGAGUCAGGCUCACCUGACAUUGACAUUGACAUUGACAGUAUGUCAACCUGCAUGUUGUGUACCUGCUUGGGCGGGUCUGUCUACUGUGAUGAUGUGAAGUUGCAGAACGUGCCACCCCUGCCCAAAGAUACCACUCACUUCUAUGCCCGCUACAACAAGAUCACAAAGAUCAACAAGUCCGACUUCGCUAACAUGAACAAGCUGAAGAGAAUCGAUCUUACGAGUAACGAGAUCGGCCGGGUGGACGACGGCGCCUUCUACGGGCUGCCCGCUCUGCAGGAGCUGGUGGUGAGAGAGAACAGGCUCGUCCAGCUGCCCGCCCUGCCAGCCUCCAUGACCCUCAUCGAUGCCAGUGUCAACAAACUGAGCAGCACGGGCAUUCAGAAAGAGGCUUUCAAGGAUAUGGCAGGACUUCUGUACCUGUACUUGACGGACAACAACAUUGACUAUGUUCCUGUACCGCUGCCGGACACUCUGCGCUCAUUGCACCUACAGAACAACAACAUCCAAAUGCUGCACGAAGACACGUUCUGCAACGUGAAAGACUUACACUAUAUCCGGUACGCUCUGGAGGACGUGCGCCUGGAUGGAAACCCCCUCAACCUCAGCAGAACCCCGCAUGCCUAUGUGUGUCUGCCUCGUAUUCCUAUUGGUGCUCUUAUUUAA